UUUCCAAGUAGUAAAUAUGAAGCAGUAGUAAAUAUGAAGCAAGGAGGGAGAAAUAAAGAUGGAGCACGUGAGAAGAAGGAGAAAGAAUAUGGAGGGAUACCAAGUUCUCCUCCUGCAACUUCAUCAUUAAGCUUAUCUCAUUCCUUGCAACCAUCAUCUUUUCAAUUGCAAUUUCCAUCCUGCAUAUUCGUUUCUAAUUUUUCAAAGGUGAGUUCUUAGUUAGAACUUGGGGGAUUUAUAAAUCUUACAUCAUCAAGGGGGUAGGGUUUAUGUUUGAUGCUUGGAAUCAUGUUACUUGUGUGAUCAAGUACUUAAAUGUGAUGUAUGUGUUAAAUUGUAUGUUUGAUAUGUAGUAUUUCCUAAUUCUAUUUUUGCAUGUUGUGAUUGUAGAGUUAGUUUUACUUCCCUAUGUGUUUCAUUUUUCUAUGUUCUAUCACUCUCGCUUAGCGAGAUAUUGGGUUGCUAAGCGAGCACUCAUGCGAGUAUGGAAAGAGAAGGUUUCUUUUAAAGACAGUAGUUGACCUAAUACUUUUUUGUUUCCACAUAAGAUAAUAUUACGUUUUCUCUAAGAGAAUAUUAAUUGUUUUGAUGGAUUGAAGAAUAUUAGGAAAGAAAUUUGUCACCAAUGGAGGGGCGUGCCAUUGAUUAUUAACUAUGAAGCCACCAACCUUGACUUUGUAAGCCUCCUUAUACAGUAGGCUUACAAACUUUAUGCUAGGCUACUGUGACUAAUUUUUUUUAUAAAUACCUCCACUCCAUAAACAAGUUCUCAUGUAUUGCUCUAAAGUUUUGUUGAUAAAAAUUAGUCAGAAAUAGAUAAUAAUAGUAUAGAUCAUACUUUUAAUAAGUUGUAUAUGAUUAAAAAAAUUAUAAACGAAUCAAUUGUGCGAACAAAAAAAACUAAAAUAAAAUAAAAAAAGGGCAUGAAAAAUGUGGUAGAUAAAACAACUAAAACACCCUUUAUGUCAAUACAACAAAUUCAUUAUGAUUUCUAAUUUUAAUGUAUGAGUAUUUUGGAGAGUUUAGGUGGAAAUACAAAAAUAGAAAGUGAAAACAAUAGAAAGAGUAAUGACAACAAAUAAUAUUUAGCGUAAUAAAUUUGUGUUCAUUGAUGUAUAUGUGUUGGAUAUUUUAAGUUAGAUCUAACAUCACAACUUUACAAAAAUAAAAAAUAGUUCAACAAUUUCCAACUAACAUCUAUAAGAAUGGUAAAAAAUAGACAAAGGUACAAGUAUAUAUAGAGUUGAUAAUUCUUAUUUUUAAGCACACAUUAAUAUCAAUUCUUUUCUAAGUAUUCAUAGCGCCAUGAAGAUCUUGAUUCUCUUUAGUAUUACCAUUGCAUGUAGCUUUUUGGGAAAUCUUGUUUCAAAUGCUAACCCUCUACCGUACGAAGCCAUCUUUAACUUUGGUGACUCUACAAGUGAUACUGGAAAUUCCGCAUUUGACCAUCCACCAAUGGAUAAAGAUAGUCCUUAUGGUUCAACGUACUUCAAACAUCCAGCAGGACGCUUAUCUAAUGGGAGACUCAUCAUAGAUUUUAUAGCUGAAGCGUACGGGUUACCUUUUUUACCGGCCUAUAAAAAUAUCACAAAAAGCCAAGAAGAUAUUAAAAAGGGAGUCAAUUUUGCAUAUGCUGGUGCAACUGCACUUGAGUUCAAGUAUUUUGCUCGUAGUGGAGUUAGACCACUUGCAACAGAAAAUUCAUUGAAUGUGCAAUUUGGUUGGUUUAAGAAGCUAAAACCAUCCUUAUGUAAAAGCAAAGAAGAGUGUAACAACUUCUUCAAACAAUCAUUGUUUCUAGUGGGAGAGAUUGGUGGGAAUGAUGUUUUUUCUCAUAUUUCUAAAACUGUUACAGAACUUCGUGAAAUAGUUCCUUUAAUUGUCGAAUCCAUUACAAAUACAACUUCAGCAUUAAUCGAAGAAGGAGCAGCAGAGCUAGUGGUUCCUGGAAACUUUCCAAUAGGUUGCAAUGCUGGAUUAUUGUCUGUAGUAAAUAGUCAAAAGAAAGAAGACUAUGAUGAAUUUGGAUGUUUGAUAUCUUACAACACUUUCACUGAAUACUUUAAUGAACAACUAAAAAGUUCCAUAGAGACAUUAAAACAAAAACAUCCUCAAGCUAAGAUAGUAUACUUUGACUACUACAGGGCUGCCAAACGUUUAUAUCAAGCACCACAACAAUAUGGAUUUAAUUCUGAUAAGGUUGAGUUUUUGAAAGCUUGUUGUGGAGGUGGUGGACCAUACAAUGUUAAUGAAAAAUUUUGUGGAACGCCUGGUACAACUGUUUGCUCUGAUCCUUCGAAACAAAUAAAUUGGGAUGGAGCCCACUUUACUGAAGCAGCACACAAGCAAAUAGCAAAAGGUUUAGUGGAAGGACCUUUUGCAAAUCCUUCUCUAAAAUCUGCUCCUUUUAAGAUAACAUAGAGCUAAUAACAACACACUUUAAGAAAGACAUUCUUUGAUGAAUUUUAAACAUGAUUGGACUUUGUUUCUAUCAGGAGCAUUUUAAAUGUAUUUUAUAUAACUUAUAUAAAUAGAUUUAAAUUUGAAUCAUCAUCAGUAAAUGAAUUAAAAAUUU